CAGUCGAUGUUUGAGAUCAUCACGUCUGAAGCAACAUACCUCAAGAGUUUAAACGUUCUCAUAGACGUGUUCCUAAUGUCCGAUGAGCUAGGUUCGGAUCUGUCAAACAAAUGUGUGAUCACACGACAAGAACGACAUGUGAUCUUCUCAAAUAUUGGUGCCAUACGAGACACUAGUGAAAGAUUUUUAUCGGCGCUGGAGUCUCGGUGGAAAGAAUCUGUACUUUUAUCUGAUGUCUGUGAUAUUAUAACUGAGCAUUCCUCCAAAUACUUUGAGUGUUAUGUACAUUACUGUAGCAACCAAGCAUUCCAGGACAGAGCCGUUACAGAUUUAAAGAAAAAGCCUGAGUUUGCUGAAGCAUUGAAGAGGUUAGAAAGCCAUCCAGAUUGCCAGGGAUUGCCGAUGAUCUCAUUCUUACUAUUACCCAUGCAGAGAAUUACCCGUCUUCCACUCCUAGUAGAUGCUAUCUGUCACAGGAUGGACCCUAUCAAAGACAAAGAGAGACACAAAUCUGCUAUCAAUGCAUUUAAUGCUCAAAGCAAAGUUGUAAAGAAAUGUAAUGAUGGUGCUAAAAAGAUGCAACAGACAGAACAGAUGUAUCAUAUAGCAAAACAGAUAGACUUUCCUGCAAAUAAGGAAAUUGCUCAGAUACCCCUCAUAUCAUCUUCACGUUACCUUGUAAAACAAGGGGAGGUAACAAAGAUUGCGAAUGACCAAGCUAGUCGUCUUCCCUUCGGCAAAGCUAGAGCUGGAAAACAGUCCUUACAUAUCUACCUAUUUAAUGAUAUGAUAUUAAUCACGAAGAAAAAAGGUGAUAGAUAUAUUGUUACCGACUAUGGUCAACGCAUCACAUUACAUAUCGAAUUGAUAGACAACCCAGAGAAGAAUGCAAGAGUUCUUCCCCAUGGUGUACCAAGUGGCUGCAAAAAUCUAUUCCUUCUUGUUAUACUAGAGAACCAUGAGAAAAAACAAGUGGAGACAGUGUUUGCCUGUAAUUCAAUGAGUGAUAGAGCUCGCUGGAUAGAUGCCGUGACACCUGUUAAAGUAACUGAUGACCAGAGAAUAUAUGAAGAAUGGGAUUGUCCACAAGUACAGUGUAUAAAGCCGUAUACAGCACAAGAACCAGAUGAACUUACCCUAGACGAAUCAGAUGUUGUCAAUGUCUUCAAGAAGCUUGAAGAUGGUAUGUAUGAGGGAGAAAGACUACGAGAUGGUGAAAGGGGCUGGUUCCCCAAGGAUCACACUGUCGAGAUUGUCAACUCUCACGUACGUGCACGAAAUCUCCGCAUGAAAUACCGGUUAAUGUCAGCAUCACAAGAUUACGGCAGCUAGCACAGGACAUAGACGGUUGUAUAGAGACAACAGUUCAUCUGUUAAAUUGUAAUAGACUGGCGCCUGUCUCUUAAGAGGCUCCAAGAUUUACUUAUAAAAGGUUUGCAGUACAUGAAAAAAUACCCAUGCAGCCAGGGAGCCAGACUGACAUUGUAUCACAGAUAAUGAAUAAGUGGCUGCAUCCUGCUGUACAUGGAUGAGGAACAAGAGGAAGUGAAAUGCAAAAUAACUAUUUUUACGUCACAAUACUGCAGCUUUUUUCAUGUCUGAAAUACAAAUUGUUAUUGAUUUGUGUUAUUGUAAGACAUGAAGAACUUCCUGUUAUUAUUUUAUCUUGGGGAAAGACAUAUCUUUAAUUAUUAUAUUUAGUAGCAAAUUUCAGCUUUUCCGCUUAUGAUGAGUUUUUGGGCAAGUUACCUGGCCUGUAACAGUGAUAAUUAUUUUGAAGCACAGUCAGAGUUUGUGAUAGAGAAAGAAUGAUAUUUUCAAAAGAAAGAAUGAUAUUUGCAUGAUAUUAAAUGGUGCUAUUAUAACAUGGUAGUAAGAAGACAUAUCGUUAGGAAAACUGAAAGAUAUUUUAUAUAAAGUUUCAACUUUGAUUUUCUGAUCUUCACUGCCGGUUCAUGAUAGAAGCAACCUUUUUCAUGUAAAAGUGUACUUGAUCAGUAUGUUUUUAUUUUCAACUGCAACAUGUAAAAUUUAACAAAAAUACUAGUACUGAAAAUAUACGUCAAGGGGUUGAAUGGAAAAUGUUUGUAACUCUUAUUAAAUCAAGCAGUUACGACAAUUUUCUGUUCUGCCAUCAGCAUGCACUGUAACAACCUUCCUACUGUUGAGCUAGUAGACAUAAAUAGUUACCCAAAUAAUUAUUUUAAACAACUCAAAUUGAAACCAGUUUACUUAGAAGAUAAGUAGGCAAGAGUUGCAAUUGCUUACUAGUGGUUAUGUCUGCAACAGGGCUUUAAAUGUGGUAUGCUUGGUGCUAUUGUCAGACUUCCAUCUGUAUUAUCAAAGUGAAUAUUGUCUCUCAUUAAAAUUGCAGUCACACUUCUAGCUCGACUGAAAUUUUUGAAAUAUUACAGCUUUUGUUGUCAGCCUUUUGUCAAUGUCCAUGUCAUGAAAGUAAAGCCUUUUUAUAAGUCAUUAAUUUGUUAAUGGAUUUCUAAUAGGUAAUCAUGAUUACAUUGGACUUCUCUUGUUUUGUGAUACUGUAUUUGGGCAGUACCAUUUAUUAUUCAAAGGGGUGUUCAUUGAAAAUUUACUGACUGAAUAGCGAACAGUGCAGACUGUGAUCAGACUGCAUUGAUGUGCAGUCUGAUCAUGGUCUGCACUGGUCACAAAGGCAGAAUCACUUGCUGCUAGCAGGCUAAGGGCCAGUUUCAUGGUUAUGACCAAAACAGCUAUGUCGUGAGCACAUGAAUGAAAGGAUUUAAAGUUUUAAAUAUAAAAUGAAUGGGAUUUUUUUUGGCUGCAAUUUACUCAACCAGGAAAUCAAGAAAAAUGAAUCCCUUAUAGAUAAUAAUGUUUGUGAAGUUACAGAGCUCAAAGAUUAUCUUCAGAGGUCAUUAGUUAAAAAAACUAGUGACUAGAUUAUGAAUACAUCUUAUUUUAUCACAGUUACUCACUUGAAUUAUUUAGCUGGAAUUAAACUGGCCUAUAAGUAUAUGGACAUAUCAGAUGAUUACACAGUUUGUAUAUAUCAUUGCCAUUGUGUGAAACAUGCAGCUGUAUCAGUGAUUAAUGAAGCAGAUACAACUUAUUUAUUCAUUAGUGAUGAAAUAAAUGUUUUACCUUUUUGCAUUUUAUGUUAAUACAUGAAAAGAUCUUUUUGCAUAAUACAUGUACUAAGAAAAUGACAACACAGAUAUAUUGGUACAUUUCUGUGCCUCCCUCAAAAUGGGUAUAGAUUUCCCUCAUCCAAAAACUUAGUAUAUAGAAAUCAUUCAAUUUUAUGCAUACUUACACAGAAGAUCAGCUUCCUAGGGUAGAUUACUAUUCAAAAGGCUUAAUUUCAGAUAUUAAUAUUUCCUGGAGUUGCGGACCUUUGUUGUUUUGUUACAAUCUUUUUAUACCCUGACUGCUACCUUUAGUGGGGAUACUAUGUCCAUUGAAUGAACCACCUUUAGCCUGCUAAAUUUCUAAAAUGGGUUUGCCCAUCAUACAAUUUAGGCAAUACAAUUAUUAUUUGAAAGGGUGUUCACUGAAAAUUUACUGACUGAAUAGCGAACAGUACAGACCAUGAUCAGCCUACUAUAACUGGUCUGCACUGGCCGCCAGCAGGCUAUAGGUUAAAUUUUAUACUUAUUUUGUAUAAUUAUUGUAGAUAUUGUCUGUACAGAAGGUAGAACAAACAGAUUAUGUUAAUGUAUUAAGUGCAAUUAUCUACAACUUUUUUUUUUAUAUAAA